AUGGUGCUGGUGGUGGUCCUCGUUGUGCAAGUGGUGGUGGUCGUGGUAGUGGUGCUGGUGGAUGUCAUGAUGAUGCUGGUGGAUGUGGUGCUGAUGCUGUUGGAGGUGGUGCUGGUGUACCACGGUUGUGGUAUUGGUGCUGGUGGUGGUCAUGAUGGUGCUGGUGGAUGGGUUGCUGAUGCUGGUGGAGGUGGUGCUGAUGAUGGUGGUCAUGAUGGUGCUGGUGGUGGUCAAGAUGGUGCUGGUGGGUGGGUUGGUGAUGCUGUUGGAGGUGGUGCUGAUGCUGGUGGAAGUGCUGCUGGUGGUGGUCAUGAUGGUGGUUGUGCUGGAGGAUGA